AACCUGUAACGUAAUUGUUUAGUUUUCCUUUGCUCUUUUUGGGUUAAUCCGGUGGUUUUUGUUGUUUUAAUCAUUGUUGGUAUAAGAGAAACCAAUAGUAAAAGAUAGCUCUUGGUGUUUGAAUCAGUUUUUCUAAAGGUGGUUGUUGUGGUUGAAUGGGAGAGAAUUGCGGAACCUGGACGCAUCAGGUGCAAUUUAAUCAAUCACCCAAUUUGAGUUCUUUCUGUGCUCCCUUUGAUAUGGGGAAGCAAAAUGCUGCUGCUGCUGCAGCAAUGAACCCGGGUGUCGAUAUGAAUAUGAAUUCAAGGAAUGAGGCGGUACCACCAGCUUAUGCAUCCUCUGCAUUACCUUAUACGCAGUCAGGACAUUUAAAUGAACCUCAUGGUUGGUUUUACUGUUUGCCUCGCUUUCGACAGGGUUUUACGUGUCCUCCAAACUUCAUUUCCGAGGAUAAACUCCCUCCUGCUAGUCAGUUGAAAGGUUUGAAGGAGGAAACUACGCAGAAUGAGGAAUCGGGCUUUCCUCAGAAACAGUUUCUUGUCAUUGAUCAAACUGGUGAUCAGACAACUCUCAUUUAUAGUUCGAGAUUCGGGAGGCCUGUUGAGUGCCUUGGUUCAUGGGAUUCCAAAUUUCAUGGUUGUAACAAUUUGAAUGCAAAUAAUGACGAACCUUCUUUAAGAAGAGAUGUGAAUCAUGUUGUUGGAGUUGAGCCAACUUUUGAUUAUAAAGUUGAUGAAAAUGAGAAUCAAGAAACCGAGAUUGAAAGUGAGAUGCACGAAGACACGGAGGAGAUCAAUGCAUUGCUGUAUUCUGACAGCGACGGUUAUUCUACUGAGGAUGAUGAAGUUACCAGCACAGGACAUUCACCCAGUACAAUGACCACUCAUGUCAACCAGGAACCUUAUGGAGGAAUUGCUGAAGAAGUUGCUAGCUCCUCCCCUGGUAAAACAAAGAAACGUAAGCUAUUCGAUGUGGCUUAUGACGACGAUGUGCAGUUUAUGGACACUGCAAAUUCUCUAAAACGAAGCCGACCCUGCAACCUCAAUCGGGACGAAGCUGAUGAUGAUGCCGAGUCAAGAUGCUCUGGUAGCAAUUACGGUCAAGGGUAUGGUGCAACGGGUUCUUUAAAAGGCACUAAGAAAACUAGAAAGGAAAAGAUUCAAAGUGUUCUAAGCAUUUUGCAGUGCAUAGUACCUAACGGAAAGGAUAAGAACCCAAUCCAGCUUUUGGAUGAUGCCAUACACUGCUUGAAUUCUUUGAAACUCAAGGCUAGAGCUCUCGGUCUCCACGCCUUGUAAACUAUUUCAAGAAUAUCAAGCCAUCUACAUUACUACUUAUUACUUAUAUGUUCAUGUUUUAGCAGAAUAAAUCAGAUGUCUUCAUCUUUCAUCUGAAGAAGUAUUCGGCAAAAUUUCUCAAGUGCGGCGUAUGAAAUCCGAUUAUCUUCUUGCCUGAAACUGCGAGUUUCUCAAAUUCAGCUGUUUUUCUAAUGCAAUUUGUGUGUUAUUACGUGUGAAGAUAAAGGGAAGUACUCACUACUACUCAUCAAAUUAUGGCACAAUAAAGGAAAAAAAAGGAAUGAUCAAGUCAAUAUCUUAGGGGUUAGAGAAAGUAGCACUAACGCAAUAUGGCAUGGGAUAUGAGCUGUUUUGAAUGAGAAAACCUCAAAAAAACAAGAGUGCACGCCUCUAGGCUGUUAUGGGACCCAACUUCACACUCCCUCUUUUUGUAUCCUUGUCAUGUUCAAUCCUUUUGUGGGUUCACUUUUUUCCCUCAUGUGUGCAAUUUAUUAUCACUACCUAAGGCCAUUAAGCACCACCACCACCACCUUAUUCCCCUUUUUGUGAGAUGAAGACUGAGACAGACAACUUUGUAUUGAUGAUGAGGGGACCGACCCUUUUCAUUCAACUUCAUGGUGCAGUUAUUGUAAAAUCACUGAUUUUUUAUAUAUUGUAUGUUUUUUGUUUAGUGUGUACUUAUGAUAUCUUGGUUGAAUGUAAUUUAAUGUGGUUGGUGUUACUGUUGUCUUUUAGCUUAUGUAUUUAUAUCGCAUGCACGCAUUUAAUAUUAUAUCAGAAGAAAUGAUGUACUAUUGGUUGAA